GUCUGGCAGGUUGGCUGCCAUGCGGCUCUGCCUGCAGGACGUGCGUGAGGUCGUAUAUAAGAACGUGUUUGAUGAUCGCAAGAUGGUCUACAACCACAAUCUUUCUCCUUGCACCCUUCUGGCACUGAUUCUGCCUUUGUUUUCCUCCCGUGUCCAUGAAGCGCCUUUCCCUCACCCUCGGCCUGACGGCGCUCCUCAAUGCCGUCGCUGCAGUUCACGUUCCCAUGUCUGGACGACAGGUCGAACGAUCGUCCCCGACGAGCCUUCGCAAAAGAACGAGCGUAUCGGGCUCGACUGAGGUGGAUAGUUACUACAACAUGGCCUAUUCGAUCGACGUGACCUUGGGAGGAGUACCACUGUCACUGAUGAUAGACACUGGCAGUUCUGAUCUCUUUUCAAACACCAAGAUUCAGAACGCGAACGACCAGCAGUACAGUGUGACCACCAAUUACGCAGAGGGCGAAUCUUCUGGCGAGAUAUACUCCGCAACGCUACACUUUGCCGACUAUGUCAUUCCUAACCAGUUCUUCGGGUACGCGCCCGAUGCCCCAACCGCCGGUGAAAAUGGCGGCGGAAUCGUCGGCCUAGGCCCCGCGCUCGGCUCGCUCAUUCGAACGAACGGCACCAACACCUCAGCGGCGGACCCUCCGCUAGACAGGAUCUUCGUGAUGGACAACACGACGGACAACUACGUCGCCAUCCUCCUCGACCGCAGCGACGACCCGGACGACCCGUACCCCGGCGACCUCGCCGUUUGCGAGACUCUGACGCAGUACACGGCCGUCCGCGACCAGCCCAAGCUUGCUGUGUCCACCGACACGCAGCACUGGGGCACGUUCUUGGACCAGGAUGGGCUGAAGCUUCCAAACGGGACGCGCAUCGAUAUAAAGACGAACGUGACGCAGCCUACGACCUCCAAUGCCACGGUCGUUUUCGACACUGGUUAUACUUUCCCCCAGGUUCCUGGUUAUGUCUCCGACGCAUUAUAUGGGAACAUCACGGGUGCCAAAUUCAACGUCAGCGACGAGGGUAGUUUCUGGGUCCUGCCGUGCGAUGCUGAGAUAUCGGCUUCCUUCUACUUCUCCGGCAUUGAGUUUCCCAUCCAUCCUUUGGACCUCAACAUGGAGGUCGAGGAGGGCGUUUGUGUCGGGGCGUUCCAACCCUACGCUGUCGAUCCUGCGCAAGUCGGGGGAGGGGAGGUCAUAUACGACAUGAUCCUCGGAAUGGGUUUCCUCAGAAACGCAUACCUCCUUAUCGACUUCGGCUCCCGAACCGACAUUGACACGCCCUCGGACGGACCCGUGUUCAUCCAGCUCUUAUCCAUCACCAACGCGACGGAGGCGUCUGAGGACUUCAAACAAGCGCGCGCGAACAGCAGCGGGACUGACACCGGCGACCUAAGUGAACUUGAAGGCGGAAGCGACGGCGACCUCAGCGACGAGGACUUUAGCGACGAAGACCUCAGCUCCUCGCGAUACAAAUCCGGCUCCUCCUCGUCGACGUCGCACAAAGCCAAGAAGCUCGCCGCAUGGGUCAUCGGCAUCAUCGUCGCCGCCAUCGUCCUUGUCCUGCUGCUGGUGUGCGGCGCGUGCUACUGCUGCUUCUGCCGCCGGAAGCGCGGCGCGGCGAAGUCUGGGCCGGCGACGGAGUACAGGCAGUAUAUGCCUGGGUACGGCGCGCAGGAGGUGUACCGCCCGCUGAACGAGCCCUCGCCCCGCGGUGCGGAGGAUAUGGUGAUCAAGUCUGCCGGGGGCGGUGUGCAGCCGAGCUACUCUGAGCAGCAAUACAAGACCGCUUGGGACGCGCAGCAUUAAGCUUAAGUGCAGUCCUGGUUUGGCUCUGGGCUUGUGGACGUUUGAUUGAUCGCUCUGCUGUUACUCUUUUUACUCUUUUUCUUGUGUACGAUGGCGGUCUGAUCUAUACCGUAUUAUAAUACCAAUGUUUCCACUCAUUCUUCGUUUCAUCGUCGAUAGCAUGGACUUACCACAACUACUCUUUGUUGCAUACCUCUGUAAUGGCAUAAGUAAUCAGUGCGG